AGUCAAAUGUGAAAUUUUGGAGGCAAAAAGUGUUUUUAUUGUGAAAUCGCGUAGAAAAAUUAAGAAAUUCAGAAAAAAACUGAUAAAAAAUCGAUAAAUGAUGGAUUCAUCACUCUUAGAUCGGAUUUUCGGGAGACUGAACCAACGAUUUGAAAAUGAAAGAUUACAAUCCAUAAACGAAACCAUACAAUCUGGAGACGCUAAAGCAGUCGAGAAAUUAUUGGAAAGUCCUGAGGACGAAUUUAUGACGAAAGUAACAGAACUCGCAAUAAAAUCCGAAAAUCUCGUAAUAAUUGACACUGUCUUUGGUUUCUACGAACAACAAAUUCUUCGUGAAAGAUUCAAUAGAAUCCAAUUUUUCGAACAUACUCUGUCAUUGGAAGUGAAUCCGGAUAAAAAAUGGGAAAUAAUACAAAUUAUUUUACGUUACACACUCGCAGUACAUCCGGAUAGCGCUUCCAUGUACCCAAUUACGUAUAUUUUCUACGUGAUUUUGUGUUGCUGUUUGAAUCAAAAAGAAUUGCUGACAAAAUUCUUCGACAUUUAUUACCAGGAAGAGCGAAACAGUCUCUUUCCAUUCAUGAAAAGCCUCGAAGAAACUGUUGAUGGAUCUCAUUUUAUUACAAUUUUGCUCCAUGAGGACCUUGAUCUGUCAAAAAUUGCAGAUGGCUUACCUUUGCGUACUGUGGUUAAAAUGAUCUCUUACAUUACUCGACAUAUAAAACGAAUUUUUGAGACUUUUAUGAAGUUAAUUCAAAAAAACACAAAAGAAAGUAUGGAAUUGGCGGUAAUGGCAUUUAAAGAACUUCUUUUCAAAGAUUUUUACAAAUAUUACGUUUUAAAUUCUAUGUACGAUUUGGGAAAAUUACCUCGAAUAAUGGAGGAUCCGUUGACCAAAAAAUUAUGUUUCCAAUUCAUCUAUUAUUUGAUGGAGGUAGAAUGGCAAGAUGACGUUUACAAAUUGAUCAAAUUUUGGUUAAGAGAAUGUUACCCUGAAACGAAAUUUUAUCGCCAUGUUUUCGAAAUUAUACGUCCUUUUGUGCAAAAACCGAGUCCUGUGGAAAAUUUGUUGGAAAAUAAUGAUUCGGAAGAGGAAAAAAGUGAAGAUGAUCAAGACGAAGAAGACGAAUUUAAUCCAUUUGACGAUGAAGAAUCAAUUUCAAGCAAGAAAAUUAAACUUGAAAACGAUGAAUGUCAAAUUCGAUCCUUGCAAGAGCUCUGUCGGGAUACAAUUCGUUCUAAAAUUGCUAAAAACGUUGCAGAUAUGAAGACUUUUUUCGAUAAUAUUUGGUCAUUGAACAUACCAAGCUCCGUCAAAUGUAGCUUGCUUUACAUUCCAGAUGCCAGUUGGAUGAAUGAUUUAUUCGAAUUUUGACUUUAAUAAAUAUUUUUUGAGAAAAUAAAGAAAUUUUGAUGUAACAUGAAACGUUUUUGAUACUUGGAAUGUCCUAAGUUCCGUUGUUUCUUAUCAGUUGAGAGUCAAAUUUGGAGGCAAAAGAGUUUUUGUUAUGAAAUCUCAAAUAAAAAUUAAGAAUUUUAGCAAAAAUCGGACAAAAUAAUCAAAAAAAUCGUUAAAUAUGGAAGCAAACGAGGAAAAUUUGGACGAAGUUAAUCAAAACUCGAGAGAUGCGGUAAUUCAAAGUGUUAAGGAAGUCAUAAAAUUCGGAAAUGUAAUUGCUCUUCAGAAAUUAUUAAAAUCGAAUGAAGAAAACAUUUUUAUGGAAAUAAUAGAACCAGCAAUAGCUUCAGGAAAACUCGAAAUAGUUUCAACUGUCUUGGAUUUCUACAGCAAACAAAUUUUUAACGAUAGCAGCCUCAAUAAAAUGGAAUUUUUUGAACAAAUCCUGUCGUUGCACGUGGAUCCCGAUGAAAAAUGGUUUAUUUUACAGGCGAUUUUAUAUUACACGUUUCCGCAACAUCGCCCCCUCAUGUACCGAAUUAUGGAUAUUUUCUAUCUAAUUUUGAGCUCUUGUCUCAGACAAAAACAGUUGCUGAAGAAAUUUUUCAACAUUUAUUACAAGGAGGAGCACAACAGUCUCUUUCCGCUCAUGAAACGCCUCGAAAAAGCUGUUGAUGGCUCCCGCUUCAUUUCUGUCUUGCUUCACGAUGACAUUUAUCUUUUCAGAAUCAUGAGUUUCGUACACACCGAUUCCAUUUCCAAAAUGAAAUUUUAUGUUGCUCGACAUGUAAAACGAAUUUUCGAGACUUUUGUGAAAUUGCUUCGGAAAAACACGAAAGAAAGUAUGGAAUUAGCUGUUGAGACGUUCAAAGAACUUAUUAAGAAGGAUUUUUACUCUUAUGUUGUCAAUACUUACAAUACCAAUCAUUUCGGAGACUUGACAGUGACCUUGAACGAUCCGCUGACCAAAAAAUUGUGCUUCCAAUUCCUCUAUUAUUUGCAAGAGGGUGAUUGGCAAAGUGAGGUGUAUACUUUAAUCUUGUAUUUUUUGGAUUGUUGUCCGUCGAAUUUGAAAAUAUUUUAUGAAAUUGCCGAGAUUACACUUCCAUUUGUACAAAAAAUAAGUUUUCUGGAUAAGGAAGACCCGGAAGAUGCUGAUCAGAGUGAAGCAGAAGAAAAUGACCAAGAUGAUGACGAGUGGAGUGAUAUAGAAGACGAAGAUUGGAAUGAUACAGAUGAGGAAGAGGAAAUUGUUCAAGAUUACGGACAAGUUCAAUCGUUAUUGGAGAUCUGUCGGGAUGCAAUUCGUUCGAUUGUUGCUAAAAACGUUGAUGAUAUGAAGUCAUUUAUGGAUGAAAUUUGGGCUUUUAAUGUUCCACAGACCGUUAAAUGUAACUUGCUUUACAUUCCAGAUGCCAGUUGGAUGAAUGAUUUAUAAAAAUGUUGCCUUAAAGAAUAUUUUUUGAGAAAAUAAAGGAAUUUCGAUUGAAACUUACGUGAU